AAGAAAGAAUGUCGCAUUUUUCCUACAACCCCGAUUUCAGAAUUACAAGAUAGGCCUUUUCCAAAAACGUCGGCAUGUUUAGUUAUAGGUGAUGAAAUUCUUGAAGGAAAGACUGUUGAUUCAAAUUCCGGAUUUUUUGCAAAAGUUUGUUUCAAUCUUGGGAUCUCUUUGAAAAGAAUUGAAGUAAUUCCGGACAAGGAAGAGGAAAUAAUUGAAGCUGUAAGACGUUUUAGCAAUAAUUAUGACUUUGUCAUUACUAGUGGCGGCAUUGGACCUACUCAUGAUGACAUCACGUAUCUAUCAAUCGCUCGCGCAUAUAAUCUUCCGUUGAUUUAUCAUCAACCAACGUUAGACAGGAUGGGUGACACGGUACAAAACAUACCAUCUCACUUGAAAAAAUUGAAGUCAAUGCCAACGAAAGCAAUGAUAGAGGCAAAACAACGAAUGGCACUAUUCCCACAUCCAUCUCGUGUUAUUUUCCCUGAUGAAAAACUGUGGAUUCCUAUAGUUAUUGUUAAUGAGAAUAUUCAUAUCUUACCUGGUGUUCCAAAACUAUUUAAAGCAUUGCUUACUGGAUACAGUAAAUAUAUUAAAGGUGAUAAAUUUGUCAGAAAGUUUGUUAAAACAUAUUAUCCAGAGUCAUUUAUUGCCCCAAUAUUAACGGAAGCUCAAGAGAAAGUAAAAAACUUUGAUGUUAAAAUUGGUAGUUAUCCUGAAAUGACGGACGAUGAUAAGUAUGUAGUGGUAGUAAGUUUUUUAGCCAAAGAUAAUACUGUAACUACAGAAAUUGUUGAAAAAAUUUCCAAGGAAGUUUCUGAAAAAUUAGAUGGCGUGAUUGUUGAUUAA